AUGGGCUGGGUAGGUGUGGGCGUGCUUAUCGCAACAACAGGCUACUUUCUCUACCGCUACCCUCCUCACCGCUGGGCCGAGCCUCGUUCUUUUGCCCCUCCGGAACCAACCCCCGACGCGCCAAUUGCCGCUACCACCGCAGACGAGCCUGUGCAGCGGAAGCAUGGCUUAGAGGCCUCAACACCGCCAAUAGAGAUAGAGGAGGAGGAGGAUUCCCAAAGCACACCCAAGGCUGCGGCUUCCAGCGCACCACCCUCGGUCCUUACGGUCCCAACAUUCAGCCUAGACAGUGGCGAGCGCGAGACAUCGCAACCCGCCACGAUGCCGUCCAUUUCACAACCUAUGAAUGGAGCCGCGAAGCAAACAUCUUCGACAACCCGUGAACAGAUACCAAAGUUCCAACCGCCACUGCAACCAUCCCUCGCGCCUCCCCCAAAACCACAACCAUCAUCUACACCUCCGAAGGCAACAACAACCGGCGCUACUUCCCUAAUGCCUCCACCCCCAGUACCAAGGUCCCGGCCAGGAACUCAAACAAACCGCCUCGCCCCCACAAGCACACUUCAACCACCACGGCUUAGUGGAAGCUCCCUUGGCCCUCCACCAUCAGCCGCCGCCGCUCAGCGUGGCCUGGGCGCACCGAGUAGCGGCAGCCGUCUUAGCAACAUCACUCUCGCCCCGACACAAGUAUCUCUGAAGAAAUCUUCAUCGCGUCAAGUAGUUCUUGAGCCGGGAUUCUCGCCUCUUGACUGGGCAGCGCUAGCAGCGAACCCGAAGAACAAGCUCCGCGGCGAAGGCCUUCCCCCAGGCCUGUUGAGGGUCACGCCGUCAAUGCUAAAGGAGCAGCACGGGCGUAAGGGCCGGGAUGCCUGGACUUCAUAUCAUGGAAAGGUAUACAAUAUCUCGCCCUACGCCCCUUACCACCCAGGUGGGAAGGGUGAGCUCUUCCGCGGCGCGGGAAAGGACUCUGCACAGCUGUUUCAAGAGAUUCACCCGUGGGUAAACUGGGAGGGAAUCCUUGGCGAGUGUCUUGUCGGAAUUCUGGUUUCGGAGCAUGAUGUCCAAACUGAGAAUGCUUUGGAUGCGAUGGAUUGA